CAGAACCACACGAGCAGAUAGCAAUUGUAGUGAUCAGGCCAGCAAGUAGCCAACUAGUCAGCUGAGGUACGUGUAGCAGCGCAGCACAUACGUACGUAUCAAGGUCGAGAUGGCUCGUGCACAGCUGGUGCUUGUCGCCCUGAUGGCAGCCCUCCUCCUGGCGGGCCCGCACGCCACCAUGGCCGCCAUCAGCUGCGGCCAGGUCAACUCCGCCGUCGGCCCCUGCCUCAGCUACGCCCGCGGCGGCGCCGGCCCCUCCUCGGCCUGCUGCAGCGGCGUCAGGAGCCUCAGCUCCGCCGCCAGCACCACCGCCGACAGGCGCACCGCCUGCAACUGCCUCAAGAACGCCGCCGGCAGCAUCAGCGGUCUCAACGCCGGCAAUGCCGCCAGCAUCCCCUCCAAGUGCGGCGUCAGCAUUCCCUACACCAUCAGCACCUCCAUCGACUGCUCCAGAGUGAGCUGAGCUACAGGCCGGAGGAUCGAUGAUCAAUAUAUAUAAUGUGGAACCGAUCGAGAUCUGUAUCUGAUGUUAUCUAUGGUAUGCUGAAUAAAAUGAGAGCUAGCUAGGUCGAUGGACAUAUGCAUGCAUGGUUGAUCGGCCGGUCACGCUUGUCGUACGUCCGUCGUUGUUUGUGUCAUCGAUGAUCGGCAUGAUCAGUUUCCAUUGUGUUCGUCGUUUGAGGACUGCAUGAGAGCUAGAGAUCAGUUUGUACAAUGUCUAUGUACUUCUAACUUCUGCAUGUAUGUACGUACUACUUGUACUACGUGCGUGUACGUUGUGGAUUAUACAUUACAUACAGCUCUUUUUGUUAUACAUAUUUAUUUACUACA